UGAGGAAGUUCUGUGUACCCUAAAGUUCUUUGAGGUAGUAUUGUUUUGUGUAGUUAGUUGCGAUCAUUGGUUAAGUGGACAAGAAAUUUUAGUAGGAUAACAUAAAAAAUGGCUGAUAAGUCGAUAAUGAAGCAAAUCGCCGAACAGAAACUUAAAGCUUUUUCAAUCGGCUCAAUGGGAAAACGUCAGCUCUCCAAGAAGGAGCUGGAGGAGCAGAGAAAAAAGGAGCAAGAAGUAGCUGCCGCUCAGGCAUUUGAAGAGUUUGUAGCAACCUUCCAAGAAGCACCAAAGUCUGGAAAGGUUUGGGUUAAAGCCGGCACCUAUGAUGCAGGGCGAAGGCAGGAAGAUACUCGAGAGAAAGGAAAACUGUAUAAGCCUCAGUCUAGGUUAUCGGAACAGGCUGAAAAAUCUUCUACUGCUGAGAGAGCACAGGAAUAUGCGAGAUUACUUGGGGAUCGGAAACCAGAUAGACCUGGCAAAAAGAGAGACAGAGAAAAGAAAAAAAGUAAUUUGGAACUAUUUAAAGAAGAACUAAAACUGAUCCAAGAAGAGCGAGAGGAGAGACAUAAGUAUAAGGGUGUUAUUAAAUCUACAUUUGAAGAUGUUCAGAGUACGAAGGCUGCUCCAGAUGAUGCAAAGUAUGGGUCUUAUGACAAUGGAGAUCCAACAACCACCAACUUAUACCUUGGCAACCUGAAUCCAAAGAUUACUGAAAAGCAAUUGAUGGAAGUAUUUGGGCGGUAUGGUCCAUUGGCAAGCAUAAAAAUUAUGUGGCCUCGUUCUGAUGAAGAAAAAGCACGUGGAAGAAACUGUGGCUUCGUCGCUUUCAUGAACAGGAAGGACGGUGAGCGCGCACUGAAGUGUUUAAAUGGCAAGGAUGUUAUGUCUUACGAAAUGAAACUGGGUUGGGGAAAAGCUGUGCCUAUACCACCACACCCCAUAUAUAUCCCUCCAGCAAUGUUGGAAUUAACAAUGCCACCACCACCAUCUGGAUUGCCCUUCAACGCUCAGCCGCACAAAAAGGACAGGCACAAGGUUCUGCACCUGCUGCGACCAAAUGAACCCUAUCCAACUGAGCCAGAGCAGAAGGCAGAAUUGGACAAGAUUUUAUCCCAGGCUGUUGUCAAAGUGGUUAUCCCGACUGAAAGGAACCUCCUAAUGCUGAUACAUCGUAUGAUUGAGUUUGUGAUACGGGAAGGUCCAAUGUUUGAAGCAAUGAUCAUGAAUCGAGAAAUCAACAAUUCCAUGUUCAGAUUCCUGUUUGAAAAUCAAAGCCCAGCCCAUGUGUAUUAUCGAUGGAAAUUAUUUUCAAUGUUACAAGGAGAUUUGCAGCUCAGUUGGAGAACACAGGAAUUUCGAAUGUUUAAAGGAGGAUCAAUAUGGAGACCGCCACCUAUGAAUCCAUAUACACAGGGCAUGCCAGAUGAGCUUGUUGAAGGAGAAGAAAAAGAACCAAGAAAGGGAAGCCUUUCCAACACUCAGAGGGACAGGCUUGAAGAUUUACUGCGCAAUAUGACUCCAGAACGCAUGAAGGUUGCAGAAGCCAUGGUAUUUUGUAUUGAACACAGUGAAGCUGCAGAGGAAAUAUGUGAUUGCAUAGCAGAAUCACUUUCAAUAUUGCAGACACCUAUUCCGAAAAAGAUUGCUCGCCUGUAUUUGAUUUCUGAUAUAUUGCACAACUGUGGGGUUAAGAUAACCAACGCAUCAUAUUAUCGAAAAGGAUUGGAAAGCAGGCUGCUUCAGAUCUUUCAAGAUGUUCAUGCAGCAUAUGUUAACUUGGACAGUAGACUGAAAGCUGAAGGAUUUAAAGUUCGUGUCAUGCAGAUGUUCAGAGCUUGGGAAGAAUGGGCUGUGUAUCCUAAGGACUUUCUCAUUAGAUUACAGAAUGUUUUUCUUGGAAUUUCAAACACAUCUGAACGGGGCGAGAGUGAUAUGGAUGAUGAUAUGGACAAUGCAAGGGAAGCUGAUAUUGAUGGGCAACCUAUGUCCGGUGGUGAAGGUGAAGUGGAGGACUUAGAUGGUGUACCUCUAGAUGGUGCAGCAUUACUAAAAGCUAUGAAACAUAGGCCACCCCCAAUUGAAGAGGACAUUGAUGGAGUUCCAAUGGAUGAUGAUAUUGACGGUCAGCCCAUGGAAGAGGAUAUUGGACAGUUUGAUACACAUCCUUCAAUGAAUUCAAUGAAACAAGAUAAACCAAACAUGCCUGCAGGAUUUGUACCAUCUCGCUGGGAAACAGUUGAUCCUGAACAGGUUGAAGCUCAAGCAAUGACCACCAGCAAGUGGGACAUGCUGGAACAGACUGAACCACCAGAACACCAGGAAAUAAGUGAGGACCAGGGUGAGAGCCCUGGUGGUGGAGAAGAUUCUCAAGAAGGAGACUAUUCAAACUAUGAGUCAAGAGAUUUAAAUGAAGAAAGACGAGCCAGGCUACGAGAAAUUGAAUUGAAAGCAGUACAGUAUCAGGAUGAAUUGGAAUGUGGUCAAAGAAGUCUCAAAAGUGGUUGGACAAUUCAACAGCAAGUGGAACAUUACAGGCGAAAAUUAUUAAGAAAGGCUGAGAAAGGAGAGAAAGAGAGACAGACAGAAAGGGAUGAAAGAGAGGCUGAUAAGGAUGUUCAGGAGGUUCCUGUAGAACGUGAGAGGGAACGUCAGACCUCAUCUGACAGGAGACGCAGGGAAAACCGGUCUGAGCGCAGUAACAGGAGAAGCUCUUCACCAGAUGAGAAUUAUUAUCACAGAGAGACUUCAAGUUCGAGGUCCAAAUCAAAAAGAUCUCGAAGUUCUUCUGAUAGUCCAGUUGCUACAAAACGCUACAGAUCACGAAGUAGAAGUCCUGCCUCCAGUAGCCGAAAAUCUUCGAGGCGUUCACGAUCUCCCCACAGUGGAACAAGCAAAAAAAGCCGUCCUGCGUCUCCUCCUUCACCGUCAAGCAGCCGCACAAAGCACCGAGUACCAUCACCCCCUUCUCCACCCCGAAGCAGCAAACGGAGAGCUUCAUCUCCGUCAACGCCACCUCGUAAACGACGUGGCUCUGGUUCACCAGUUUCUUCACAUCGUGCCACAUCGCCUUCUUCACCUCCUCGGAAACACAAGCACAAACACAAAUAUUAAAAUUAAAUUGCACUUCUUGAAGGACAUCAGUCAUUGCUGGGCAAUUGCUCAGUUUCCUUAGUAAGAAAAUACUAAGGAAUGACACUGUAUAUAUAUAUUUGACAACUAAUGAAUUUUGUGUAAUAGCAGCUUGUGAUAUGGGUCACUUAUUGCUGCAUUCCACUAUUGGAGGAAAUGGUCCCAGUCUGUCAUUUAUGAACUUUUAGUGUCAGAAGACUGUGUGUGUCUUUUGCCAAUAGAAAAAAAGUUGUAUAAAAUAUUUGCAGGAGAAUCCUGCAGGUUUUUUUUGUGGACUGCAUGGAAGUGUAAAUAUGAAUGAGAGAUGAGAUGUAUUUAUUAGCAAGUUAUUACAUGUAUCUGUCACUGUAAUUACAUAAAAGACAUUGCCACAUUAUGUAUUUUGUGGUUGUAAUUGAUUUUUAUUGUUUCUUUGUAAUUACACAAUA